CCAGGGAGACGAGUCAGUCUCUGCUUCGGCCGGCAGGUUACACGGUGGCUCUCCUGUCUGCCCUCAGGUGACUCCGGCGCUGUGCGCUCUGUGUGGGAUCCGUGGAAACACCGGAGGUUUCCCCCCCUCAGCUGUGGCAUUAAAUUCCAGUCGCGUACGGAGGGAAAAGGGCAGGAAUUAAAUCAGUGUUAGUCCUGGAGAAGAGCCCUGGUCCUCUCACUCUGCCUCCACGCCUCCUUCCCUGCUUCCUAUAUUGUCUUAUUCACUGUUUAACUGCGUGGAUCUGUUCAAACCUGAGGACAACAUGACAGGAGGACCGAAGGACGGCGAAACAGAGGAGGAGUUUCUGCAUUCGCCGUUCAUCCGAAAGCAAGGGAACAUUUACAAACCCAACAAUAAAGACAUGGACAACGAUAGUCUGAACGAGAAGACGAUGGAGGAUGUCCACACCAAAGAGAUCGACCUGGUCAACCGGGACCCCAAGCAUAUAAAUGACGACGUUGUCAAGGUGGACUUUGAGGACGUGAUUGCCGAGCCCGCAGGGACGUACAGCUUUGACGGUGUGUGGAAAGCCAGCUUCACCACCUUCACCGUCACCAAGUACUGGUGCUACCGACUGCUGACGGCGCUGGUCGGCAUCCCCUUGGCGCUGAUCUGGGGAAUCUUCUUUGCCAUCCUGUCCUUCCUGCACAUCUGGGCCGUGGUGCCGUGCGUCAAGAGCUACCUGAUCGAGAUCCACUGCGUCAGUCGCGUCUACUCUAUCUGCGUGCACACCUUCUGCGACCCGCUGUUCGAGGCCAUGGGCAAGUGCCUCAGCAGCAUCCGAAUCCGCACAUCCAAGGAGGUGUAGCGUCCAAAAGGGGGAAGAGGAGGAUAAACGGAAAGAGGGGGGAGGGAGGACGGGAGGGCUGGAGCAACUCAAAUGGAGGGUGAAGUCAGAACAGGAAAGAAGAAGAAAAAUAAAAUAACUCUCUGGAAAACAAGAGGUGAAACGUUUCCAGAAUUUGGCGGGGAGGGGGGGGGGGAUUUUUGGAGGUGAAGGGGAGUGGUCACAUGGCACCUGGUACCACCCCUUUUUACCAGCUGUAUUCUUACUAGUGUUGGAGGGCACAGGAAAUCAAAAGGUUGCUCUGGGUUUUGUUGUUGUUGUUGUUUGUGUUCCAUUGUUUGUUUGUUUGUUUUUUGUAUUCCUCACUUUUCCUAACUUUUUUUUAAGCAGGCAACUGGGCGCCAUAUCAGUUUUCUGUUAGUUUUGCCACGUGAUGUUAAGUCCUUCCAUUUUAACCACGUCUGUGAAGAGCUUAUCACUCACUUUGACUGAUUCAUGUGAAGAGGGGAUGUCACAGUGUAUCACUGUCUCCUCUUGUGCUUUGUGUUUGCUUUUGAAAGCCUCUGGGCAGGGCAGGAUGGAGGGGUGUCCAUUAGAGCCGGGGAGGGUCAAAGCAGAGAGAGAGAACGUCCGCUGCCAAAUUCUAUCCAGCUAAGCAAAAACAACACAAACUGAACAGCACAGUAACACACCCUCCCUUUGGCCCACAUGACCUCCAACUCACCAAAAACAAACUCCCACCCCUACCAUCCCUCGCCUGGCUUUCCAGCAGUCUGACACACUGAACCUGCCCUCGUUCCUGCAUGCACCUGCGUCACCUUGCCAGCAAUGCGCCGUCCACGCCCGCCGCACCGCCCCGAUCGUACACCGAUGAUUUGCAUCUGCGCUCACUUGCUCUCUGCGUCUACUUCUGCCUUUUGCCUCAAACCAAACUCUGCAGCGCGGCCUAUAUCCUUACUACCAUCCUCAUAAUCGCAUGAGCGAGUGACAGACUUUUCUUCUUUCUUUUUUUACUUUACAGUGAAGCUCGGUGCCCUUAAAUGCCCUCUGUUAUAGCUCCUUAGUGAAUGCAUUGAUUAUUUUUUUUUUUCUACGUUAUGAAAAUGAAGAACUAUGAGGGGGUUAGUUUAAAUCAUAUCCUAUGUGUACUGUAUGGGUGUUUAUGCAGAAAAUGACACUAAACAAGCUACGGCCUCAUUCCAGUGCACUAAUCUAUGGAAAAGUAUUGUAAGUGAAUAGCACUAAUGAAAAAUCUCCUAUCUUUAUAAGUUAUUUGCAAAGGUAGCAGAUUACUAACAGUCGUGUUUGCACGCUGUGUGUGCGGGUGAAGACUUUUCUUAUGCACUGUGGUACUUACGCAGGUUAAUGCAUUGGAAUAAAGACAAUGUGAGGUGGAGUGUGUGGUUCCCCCCUCUCCCCCCCCCCCCCCCCCCCCCACACAUUUUUUGUCUCGUGUUCACAACUUUGUUCUGCCACCCUGCUUCUUGACCUUGGACACAAUGCUGAAAAGCAUCAAACGGAUGCCUCCCAUGUUUCAUAAGAGACAUUACGCUCACUUUGACCCGGUCACCUUCAGUCUGCCUGCUGUCUUCUCACAGUGGUAAUGUCAUCGCACCCGUUUCUUGAAAUGAGUAUUUUAAAAAGGUGAUAUUUUUAUAAAAAGAAAACUGAAAAAUAAAAUUCCUUCCUCGCUUUUACUGUAAAAUGUAACGCUGUGCACAUUAAAAUUUAAUAUAAUCCAUCA